GUAGCACGAACCCGUCGCGCACCCGGGCUCAGCGGAGAAUAAUAUCGCACCAGGUCUCGAUUCAAGCAUGUCCAAGGCUUAAAAUCUUUGGAAUCCAUAGAACUCGAAUUUAUUUGAUUAUCGUACGAGGAAAAAUUAACCAUUUGUCCUACCACAAUAAUUCUAAGGUCGAGUAAUCUGCAGUGCUUGCUUUUUUCGGUGUCAUAUAUUCUACUCAAAAAGCUCGGAACGUCCCUAGGGCGAAGUCUUCGUCAAUAAUCAAAACGAAGCAUAUUCACAGCGUACCCCUAGCCAGAAUUUCACUCGCCGUAAUGUUUGCCAUGUGCUAUAUGAGCAAGCGAAAUCACUCUGCGGCAGAGAUUGCGGCAAUACUUAUUCCACUACAGUAUGCAAAAUUUUGUUUACGUGAUGCAGCUGCUAAAAAUCUCUCGUGCUAAGCAGAGGCGGAUAAGCUUGCUAUUUUGCCUGCUGGCCAUUAACGGGAGGACUUUUAAACGAAGCUAAUUUUCGUUUUUUGAUUCUUUCUCCGAGAGUCAAUUAAUUAACGCUGAUUCCAUCGUGGAUAACAUCCACCUGCAAUACUUGUACAGAUGAUAUAGUCCUUUCAGUUUUAAGUUUUCGCAUUGAAUUUUCGAAAGUCACCCGGCUAACGUACGUCAUACGAGAGAUAACGAGGCACCCUGAUGGAAAAAAACUGAGAAAAAAAAGAGAGACGACUGAACAAAAAGUUAUUUCAAUAUGUCUAGGCCGAGCCUUGUUAAUUUUUAAAUUAAAGCCAGGUGUUCGUUACUCGCGGGAAAAAUAAAAUUGUCAAGUGGACAGAAACAAUCGCGGCUAAUUAAAUAACCUGAAUUUCAAUAACUAUAGCGUAUUACAAACAUCAAAUAAAUAGAAUGAUCGUCAAAAAACCUGGGAAAUCAUCAGGACGAGAAAAUAAUAGAAAUUCUUCCACCGACAGGGAAUACUGGGAUAAUCACCGGACGAAACGUAGCAAGAAAUUAAUGAGAUCGGAUUACACGUCAUCCGUUAAAUCCUGGCAUCGGGGUAGCGAUGUCACCAUAAGCUCCCCGAAAGACCGGAAACGCUACCGGAAUAAAAUUGCGGUUCAGAAGGUCCUUAAGUCGAGCAAUCCGUUUAUCCUUUUCUACUUAAAAAUGUUGUACAGACGUUCAACAUUGCUAGUAACGGAGGUCGCACGUAUUGCGGGAAAACGAUGGAGCUCGAUGUCGAAUUGCGAGAAGAAAAAGUACAUCGAUUUGGCGAAAGAAGAAAGCAAACGUCGCAGCUGUAUGAGAACUAGCGAGAAAUAAUCUGCAGUGUUUCAUAAUUAUUAUUAGUCAGUUAUUUUUGUCAUGCGAAGUAGACGGAGGUAUUCGUCUCUAUGAGACAUCGAGAAAGAUCCUCGUACUAGAAAUCUAAUUGAUAUAUACGUAUUAGCAAUUAACGAAUGGUCACGCGACACAGACACGCGAUGCUAAUUAAAAAUCGCAUAUUUAGGGUAGCGUUAUGGAAUACCAUUCAAAUUCCGUAAUAUGUAUGCUGAAAAAACUUGAUGCAAUAUUUAGCACAACAUAUUACAACUUUGCACGUGGGAAGUUGUGGAAAAAUCGCGCGAGCUGCUGACGAAAUAUACUCUGAAAACUAUAUAUUCUUCCGUUUGGCUGUUCGCCAGGACGUCUGAUCCACCCCAUAAACUGUCGCUACAAUAUACUAUAAGUAACGAGUCAGCUCUUCUAUUUUUUAAUGCAAUAAAAUAUCGCGGUCAAAGAUUAAAGAUUAAACCAAAUAUACAACUUGUGGGUACACGAUAAGACCGACGUAUUAUAUAAAAAGGAUUUACAGCGUCGAACGAAUUGUAAACACUUCAAAAGCGUGCUACCAUCGUCAACGCUCGAGGUCUCUCUUUAGUUCCGAUAAGGGAUGUUUUUACCGCGGAUGAAAGAAGUAGACGAUCCUGCAGCGCAAACUUGAAUAGAUUGCGGUGGAUUUCCGUGACUCGUUGGAUGCGAAAGGUGAACGUGGGGUCAUCAUUUAAUCGGCAAAGCAAUGGGGAUGUAAAAAUGAAGCGUAUAACUUCAUGGCUUACCGUUCGGAGGAAGGAGACGUCAUCCUGUUCGGAGCCGCCCUCGCU